AUGAACGAGAAAACCAACAUGAGUUCUCGAAAAGAUGUUGACGGCAAAGAGAACGAAGCGAUGGCUCUGGACUUGCAACGGACCAUGUCUGGGAAGCAUGAUCAGACGCAGGUCUCCGACCAGAAGCUUGAACAAAACUUCAACGUCUUCUCCCUUAUUUCUACGGCAACAUCUCUGAUCGCAACAUGGGAAGCACUUGGGUCUACAAUGGCCACCGGCCUCAUAUCUGGAGGCCCAGUGUCUCUGGUGUAUGGAUACCUACUCGCGAUCAUAGGGACAUUGGCAACAGCGUUGUCUCUUUCAGAAUUGGCCUCCAUGUACCCAUCGGCUGGAGGCCAGUACUACUUCGUCGUCCAACUUGCUCCCAAGAAAUUCAGAGCAGCAUGGGGAUAUGCCUCGGGAUGGAUCUGCAUAUUCGCCUGGCAGACCUUCACUGCGGCUGCACCGUUCCUCGGCGCAACGAUGAUUCAAGGUCUCGUCGUACUCAACUACCCGAGCUACUCGUAUGAGAGGUGGCACGGAACGUUGAUAUAUUGUGCCUUCCUUGGGCUUGCAGCACUUGUUAAUGUUUUCGCUAUCAGAAUCAUGCCUCUAAUUUUGCAUGCGACAUUCGCGCUGCACGUCGGAUUCUGGAUCGUGCUGAUCAUUGUCAUCUGCGUUAUAUCGCCCAGCAAAAAUUCCGCGGAAUUCGUCUUCACUACUUAUAUCAACGAGUCGGGAUGGAGUAGUGACGGCGUAGCUUUCAGCAUUGGUUUGCUGAGUAGCACAUACGUGCUUGCGGGAUACGACAGCGCGACCCAUCUCACCGAAGAGAUCAAAGACCCCGAACGCAACGUUCCGCGAGCCAUGUUGGCAUCAAUCAUCAUCAACGGCGCACUAGGAUUCGGGUUCCUGCUCGUCGUCCUGUUUUGUAUGGGCGACAUCACCGAAGCGAUGGAAACGACAACCGGAUACCCCAUCAUCGAGAUCUUCUACCAGAUCAGUCGCAGCAAGGCUGCGGCGUCAGCCAUGACCUGCGCCCUCAUAGCCAUAGCGGCAUUGGCAACAGUACCUCUUCUUCUGACAGCAUCUCGAAUGCUGUGGUCUUUCGCCCAGGACGCUGGACUACCUUGCUCGAAAACGCUAUCCCGAGUUGACAGCAAACAUCAUGUACCUCUACCAGCGAUAGCGGUCACCAGCGUCUUUCUCAUUUUGAUCGGCCUCUUAAACAUCGGCUCUACUACCGCUUUUAACGCCAUCGUAUCAUUAGGCACAGUCGGCCUGUACAUCUCAUACUUGAUGCCGAUAUUGCUCAUAUGUUACCAGCGGAUCGCUCGUCCGAGAUCACUACCAUACGGUCCCUUUAGACUUGGAAGACUCGGUGUGGGUGUCAACCUUGUUUCUAUCAUUUACACUAUCUACGUGUCUAUCUUCCUUCUUUUUCCGCCAUAUCAACCUGUCACGGCUCAGAACAUGAACUACGCACCGGUCGUUCUGGGAGGUGUUCUGGUGUUGAGUGCUGUGUGGUGGUUUGUCAGAGGGAAGAGGCAGUUCGUUGGGCCCGUGUUUGAUACGAUUGAAGGCCGGCCCGCACUGGAUGAUGCGAGAGUUUAG